AGUUCCCACAACAGCUAUGGCAAGUGCUAUGGAUUCAGAUGGUGAGCAGAUGGUGCCGGAUGAAGAAGGACCUGAUGUGAAAGCAGUGCAAGCCCACUAUCUUCGGAGUCCCUCUCCCAGCCGAUAUUCAGUGAUAUCAGACACAGACACUGAGAGCAUCUUCAUGGAGCCCAUCCAUCUGUCAUCUGCAGUGGCUGCUAAACAGAUCAUCAAGGAAGAGUUUAAGACGAAGGAGGUGAAAGAAAAUUCAAUGUGUCCAGGGAUGUUGGAAUCUGCAGAGCAGCUAUUCGUGGAAGACCUGUACAACCGAGUUAAAGAAAAGAUAGACGACACCAGCUUAUUCAAUACUCCCUGUGUCAUGGACUUGCAGAGGGCACUUGUGAAUGACCGGCUUGAAUCCCCAAAGGAUGCCAUUGAUGAAGUCUGGCCAAAUGUCUUCAUAGCAGAAAAGAGUGUUGCAGUGAAUAAAGGUCGACUGAAGAGACUAGGAAUCACUCACAUCCUCAAUGCUGCUCAUGGCACUGGCGUGUAUACAGGACCAGACUUCUACAAUGGCAUGGAUAUCCAGUACUUAGGUAUUGAGGUGGAUGAUUUCCCAGACAUGGACAUCUCUAAAUAUUUCCGCCAGGCUGCAGAGUUCCUUGAUGAAGCACUACUAACCUACAGAGGAAAAGUUUUGGUCAGCAGUGAAAUGGGAGUUAGUCGCUCAGCAGUGUUGGUAGCUGCUUAUCUGAUGAUCUUCCAUCACUUGACAAUCUUGGAAGCCUUGAUGAUUAUACGUAAGAAACGGGCCAUUUAUCCUAAUGAUGGCUUCCUGAAACAGCUCAGACAGCUUAAUGAAAAACUACUGGAGGAAAGACAAGAGGAAGAUGAGGAGUACUCUGAUGAUGACACAACUGGUAGCCAAAGUUCCGUAGUUAGAGCUGGAAGCUGUUCCUUGCUGUCUGGGAGAGAAGAUUCUGGGAGUAUUAUGGGAGCCAAAGUCCACUCUAUCAUGGUAGAGGAGGAAGACACAACAAGCCUCCUUGGAAGUGUAAUGAGCUCCUCCUCAAUGGGAAAAUCGAGCUUGGUUUCCAAGCAGCCUACACUUAUCAGUGAAGAGGAGGAGGACCAGCUCUAUGAAGAGUGGAAGAAGAAGCAAGGCUUGCCUGCAAGGGAACUUUCAAACAAAGAUGGAGAAGGCAAACCCUCAGACCUUAUAUUUCAGGCACAGGAACAAUCUGAGGAGGACAUGGGUCGGAUGAUCCAAGAGUGGCAAUUCAAAAAUGAGAAGUAUCAAAUGGAAAGCUACUUGUUUCCCAAGGAAGAAGACGGAGAUUCUCGCAUUGGAGAAAGGCCACACCCUGUAAAUGAUAUAAAUGAUGCUGAAAGUGUGAGUAGCCAAGAGAUCAGAAUCUUGAAACAACAGCUGGAAGCAAGUGGCAUCAACAGAAUGAGGAGAGGGCGCACAGAUUCUAUGUCUACGGAAAGCACCUGGGAUAUGUGGAAUGAGAGGAUGAUGGAGAUAGAGAAGGAAGCUGCUCAAAGAUAUCGUUCCAGACCCAGAUGUGGUGAUGAGAAUCUAAGGCCUGAAAAUGGAACCAAGGCCAGGGAUGUGGAUGAGGAAAGUGUCCUAUCUGAUGCUAGCUCCUUUUAUAAUUUCUGUCAAAAGAACAAAGACAAACUGACAGCUUUGGAAAGGUGGAAGAUCAAGAGAAUCCAGUUUGGCUUUCACAAAAGGGAUUCAGAAGCCUCCAAGCAACCCAACAUGGAUGAUAGCAGCCAGGAAAAUAAGGAAGCUAUGGAAGAAGAGAAGAACUCAUCAGAUAUCAACCUGACUGCUUACCAAGCCUGGAAGACUAAACACCAGAAGAAGGUUGGCAAUGAAAAUAAAGAUGAGAUUGUGGAGCUUGCUAAAGGUGAAGAUUCUGCUUCUGCCAGAAGAAAGCAGAGACGAAUGGAGUUACUUGAACACUCAAAGAAAAUUUUAGAGGAAAGCCAGUCUCUCUGCAGCUGGGAUGCAGAGAGCACAAUGAGUGGAAGCAUCCCUUUGUCAGCCUUUUGGCCUCCAACAGCUUCUGUAAAUUGUACAGAAGACUCUGCCUCAGCAUUGAGCAAGCAGACCAAUCGCUCCUCUUUCUCUCAGGCCAGGAGCAGUAGUGGGGCCUUACCAACCCAUGCUGUAGCAACUAAUGUGCCCAACCUCCCACUUGGCCCCGAAGACACGAUAUCAAUAGCCAGUAUUCAAAACUGGAUUGCCAAUGUCGUUAGUGAAACAAUUGCUCAGAAACAAAAUGAAAUCCUGAUGCUGUCCCGGCCAUCAUCAGUACUGGGUUCUAGUGUUAAGUCAGGUGAUCUGGGCAGACAUUUGGAUGAUGACAAGACAUCUCUGCUUAGUGCACAGACUGGCUUAUCUCUAGCUAGCUCAUUGCAUCACCACCAGGACACCCAGUAUGCUGACACUCAGUCCAGCCUCUCUUGUAACACCUCAAUAAGUGAAAAGACAGGGAGAUCCAACUCAAGCAAAAUAGUGACACAAACAAGCAAGCCUUUCUACAGCCUUUUUGCCGAUGAAGUUGACCUGAAGAAGCUUAGCAGAAAGGAAAAGGAGAUGCAAAUGGAGAUGAGAGAGAAAAUGUCAGAUUACAAGACUGAGAAACUUAUCAGUGACAAUAAACGUAGCACUUUAUUUAAGAAGAAAAAGAUCAAGGGAGACAAUGAGGAUGAAAAUGAUAUAGAAAACACAAUGAGUGUUAUGUACCCUUUACAAGCAGAUCUCAACAGAAGUGAGACAGCUUCAGCUCUCUCAGGCCAGUUUGCCAGUGUUGGUGGUGCUAUAAGGUCAGAGGUAGAGAACAAUGUAAACAAGUGGCUCAAGGGUUUGAAAGCAGAAGAAAAGUCCUCUUACCAAGGCUGUACUAGUGCUAGUGGAGAUAAAUACAGGAGAUCGUCCACAUUCAGAGAGGUGGACACUGAAGCUUCUAGCUAUAGAAUUUCCAGAUCUCAAAGAGAAGAAAUGGAUAGUUCCUCAACUUAUCAGUGUAAAGAUGACUUGGAGAGAAUCUCCUCACGAUUUUCCUCUGCCUCUGCACAAGAAGAUAAGGAAGCACAUUCAUUCACACGGUCAAAAUUCAGUGAGACAAUUUCCAGAGAAGAAAGUCCAGAACCAUAUUUUUUCAGAAGAACUCCAGAACCUUCCUCUAGCUCAGAAUCCUCUGAACCUUCCACACAGAGUCGGAUCAGAUCGCACCACUUGGAAGAGCAUGAGGAGGAGUCUGGUUCAGAUGUGACUGAAUUUGGAGCCAAGAGAAAGUUCACCCAGAGCUUUGUAAAGUCUGACGAGAACUCAGAGAAAGAAGAAAAGAUAGAAGAAAAGAACGAGUGUUUUGCAUCAAGGCAUUCAUUCAGACAGAGACAACACGUUCGUAAGGAGGAAGAAGAAGAAACGGAUGAUGAUGCCAUCAUUGCUGCUUGGAGAAAUCGUCAAGAAGAAACUAAGGCAAAACUUCGGCGAAGGAGAGAGGAGUGAUGGAGAGCAAGGUCAUGCCAAUUCCAUGUCUCCGUCUAUUUGAAGGAAAGCCUUUCAAGCCUCUGCAAGCAACCCAGACUCAAUGGUCUCAUUUUAAUCAUCUUCCAUUGCACUUCCUAUAAUGCAUCCCAGUUAACAAAGCACUGUUUAGUCCUACAGAUGUUCUCUUAUCCUUAAUUCCCAGCCUGAGAGGAGGAAGAGUAAUAGUGGCAUUUCAAAAGAAAGCAGGAUUGUGUGUCAAUAAUAUUUGGCUCUUUGUGUAUAGAAAUGUUCCAAGUGCUAUUUGAUAAAAUUUCACUAACA